AUGUUGCAACGGAGCAAGUCAUUGAACGUGAAUCCAACCAGCUUGCUGCAUGUCGAGAAGGACCAGAUUCUCGAGUUCAAGGCGCUGUUGAGGACAUGCCUCUGCGAGCUCGAGGCCGACCUGAAGAGGCUCGUCGAAGCAGGCACAAGUGACAAGGGUUUCUUGGGACUGACUCUCACAGGAACCAAAGUCACUACAGUAAUCUCCGGAUCCCCGGCCGCUCAACCUGUGACGGGAAGUCCUCUCCGACCAGGAGACGACCUCUUGAGAGUCAAUGGCGUCUCUUUCAAGGCCGAGAGGAGCUCAGCGAUGAUCUCCAAGGCCGUCAGGAAUUCUUUAGACGACAACCAUGGCACGCUGCGCAUAGAGUGCAGAAGAAAAAGUUCCCUCACCGUGGAUACCGUCGUCUGCUGCCUAGCUGCUUCUAGCUCCCCGCUCUCUUCUGCCUGCCAUGCGCUCACUGCCGCUGUGUUGGAGACGAUGAACCCCUCAAAUGCGAACAGAGCCCCUGCUCCAGCAGUCGCCGAGCAGAUCCAGCAGCUGGCCAAGCACCUCCUGUCCUUGUCGACAUCUCAUGAGGAGGAGAUCCGCCGGACCAUCGACAAGUCGACUUCUUGCCUGGCUCACCUCCUCGAGCUGGUGGAGGACUUCGAGCUCAAGGCAUGCAAACCAGCGCUGAAGUGUAACGGCAAAGAUGAGGAUCAUGACGGCCCAGCGUCGGAGGAGGAGAAUGCGGGGGAGAGCGCAAAGGCGAUGCGAGAGAGUCAAGCGCUUGUCAAGGAGCUGCAGGAGAGGCUGAAAGUCUCGGAGAUGAAGCUCAAGGAGAUGAAGCAGUCGAACGAAAGCAAGUUGAAGAAGGAACAGCUGAGGCUUGAGCAGCUCAAGAUGGAGUUGCAAAGGGAGUUUGAUGAGAAGCUAAUGAACAGACUCCGUGAGGACGAGGAAGCGUUAGAGCGAUGCAAGCAGGAGUACAUGUGCAAGGUCCGCGAUGAUCUUUCAGAGCUGAGUCGUCGGAACAAGUCCGGUCUGCAGGAAUUGAAUCAGAAGGCACAGGAGCUUGAGGGUUGCAUCAGGAAUUUCAGCAUCGACGUACAAUCCUCUGUACGUUCAGCGAAUCAAGAACUGGACAUUGUGCGUUGUCAAGUGCGAGAGAGUAUGAAGACAAAGUCUUGGUAUCUAAAGCAAUGGACCUCAAGUUUGAAGACAAGUAAACAUAUUUCUUCAAUGCUAUUGAGGUCUCGACACAAGGUUUGUUUGGCUUCCUUCCUCAAAUGGAGAGGUGCGUGUACAUACAUCAAGACCGUGCUUGACAUGGCAAAUUUCGUGGGUAGCAACAUGAUUGGGCUAUCAAGAAUGCAGCAAGAUAUUCUUGUCUACCUCUUCUGUGAUUUGAAUCGUGCCCAAUCUUUGAAAAGGAGAACUUUCAGCGUUGAGGAGAUUCUCAGGCGAUGGAAAGAUUUGAUAAGAAGGACAAGUUAUGUUGACAAGCUGGACGUCAUCUUUCGUAGGAACAUCUCCCGCCGCAUUCUUGACAUGUGGACUAGAGGACGGAUGCUGAGAUCAGACCACAGGCUUCGCGUCAAGAUAUCAAAGAAGUUGUGUCGUACCGGUCACCUGCGGAUCAGCAACAUGCUCUUCGCUGCUUGGUCUCGAUUUGUCAAGAUGGCCUCUUUCUUUUUUCACAAGACAUCUCAAAGGAUCUGCCAGAAGUUUUUCAAGUCCUGGAGCUCUCUGACAAGGAUGAAAGUCAAAUUGUUUUCCAACACAAACGUCAAGAUGUUGAAGAGAUGCUUCAUGUCAAGUUACAGCUUCUUCCAGAGGUGGAAGUUGAUUUUCUCGCUGAAAGGAAAGAAGAGCUUGUCGUUGAAGUUGAAAGAGAAAACGAGCUUGAAGAAACUACAAAGUAUGAUGUUGCAGUGGGCAAAGAGGGUUUGCAAGAAGGUCAUCUUUGCCUGGAAGGUCGACAUGUUUACAAUGUUGGUUGUUGAAACAAACUCUGCGCAGAUGGGCGAGAUACUGUCACGAGCAAGAACGAACGAUUUCCUUGCUUUCAUCUCCUCGCAGAGCAGGCAGAAUUUCCUGCACAAUGUGCUCAUUUGUUGGAGAUGGUUUGCAGAUCAUGGAAACAAGGGCGAAGACGUGUGUUGUGCGAUGAUGAGACGACAGUCGAAGCUAUCAAUCAUGCAGUCAUUCAGCAGAUGGAAGAAGGCGGCUCUUGUGGUAUCAUACCAUCUGUCUGAGAUGAACAUCAACAAAACGAACCACCAGACAAUCAAGAAAUGUUUCUCCCUCUGGUCGGAAGAGAUCGCCAGAAAGAAGCACAACCUUCGUAUCUUUCAACACCAGAGGCAGAGGCAGGCAAGCUCGAAGUCCUUCUGGCGAUGGCUCUCGUGCUAUCGGGACUUGUCCUACCGCACAGAAAGGUCCGAGCUCUUCUCUGCUUCCCUCCUCAAUCGCCGACGGCUGAGCUCUUACUUGACUUGGAGGGAGCGGACCAGGCGGAAGAUCUCGCUGCGUCGGCUGAUGCUUGUCCUGCAAUCGAGACUGUCCCGUCGGAGGAAGGAAGAAGCGUUAGAGGCGUUCUUGGAAAGUUCCCGUCGACUUACAAACCUUCUUGACAACAUCCAGCGCCUCCUGGAGAAAGCUCUGCGUCAUUGGAGGUCCAAGGCAAGGUUUGCCUUCAGGCUGGAAUUCUCCUCUUUGCAUUCAAACUUACAGCAAGAAGGUUUCAAGUUGGUACGAAGAUCGCGGCGGUACGUCACUCUGGAAGACGAUUCAGUCGCUAUCGUCGUUCCUUUGUCGGUUCGUCCCAAACUCUUGGGGGGAGGUGACGAGGAGACUAUCUUUCUCUUCCUCUGCUUCCAUCACUGGAGCACGGCGAUAUCCAGGGACGACCUCCUUCCUUCCACAAGAGCCCUCGUCACCUCCCGGUCUCGUCGCUGCUCGCGCCUCUCCUUCCUGACAUGGCGUUAUACUGUUUCUCGUCGACGAAGACAGGAGGGCGGGACGAGCAUAUGGAGGAGGAGAGUGCUGGUAGCGGCGCUCGUGCGGUGGAAGACCUUUGCUCGCGCCAGGCAUCACGACAGGAGGAUCCUAAGGAACCUUGAGCGUCGGCGAGAACUCUUCCUCCUCUCCUCCUUCCUGGACGAUUGGAGCACAGCUCUUGCGCUGAGGGAGAAGGGAGACUCUGCAAGGAGGAGGAGGCAGAGUCUUGCUGAUCGCGUGCUGGCCCUGUACGAGCAGGAGGAUCAGGUGUGGAUGGAGCGACUCUUUGAGCGAUGGCGAUUUCAAUGGCUGCGGGCGAAGACGACGUCGGCGCCGCCCCCUCUUCCCUCCCCACCACCUUGCAUCCAUCCCACCUCAAAGGAUCAGCAGUGGCAGUGCUUGCUCGAGCUCUUCGUCCCCUUCACACAUGUUCGCUCCUACCGCAAGAUCUCUUUCAACCUCUGGAGGCACGCGCGACCUAUGCCGGCGGCCUGUGUAUGGACCCGACUCCUCCUUUUCCUCCUCUACAAGCACAGGGAUCACCGUACCUCCUCGGUGCUUGCAGCAUGGCAGGAGGAGUCGGAGAAGAAGGUCAGGAGUUCACCUUUGACUCUGCUGUCUUCCGAAGCCUCCAACCGUUUCCGAGUCACAAUGACCGCCGGCGUAUACCCAGUCGGGCUCCGGGCCCCGGGUCAGCGAGAAGCUGCACUGCGGCAGUGCGCCGGGCUGGCCGAGCGCCUUCCGAAGCCAAGUUUGGGCCUCAGUGCACUUGGAAGGAACUUCAGAACUUCGGAACUUCAAACUUUCAACUUUUUAAAGUUCAAAAACACUCGGAUCAUGAACCCCGGCCAAUUCAUGGCGAUCGGACGGUUGGGCAGGGAUAGCGAUGGAGGCGGAGGAAGAGACAAGGUGGAGGGGGCGAGAGGAGCUGUAACCCUCCAUCCCCCGCUUCUCUCACGCCCCACCUCCUUAGCAAUGGGACCGAUGGAUCAAGAUCCAAUGGCCCUGGUUUCCAACAGCGAGCGCCUCAGGAAUCAAGUGUUGGAGAUGAGAAGCAGCGAAUUCGACGUCGGAAUGCUCGACAAGUCGUUCAGACGUGCGUACGAGCUCGCACCGACUGCCAUCCCAGUGAGCAGGAAGAAGAAGAAGAAGGGCCUGCUCAGCAUCUACAACACCGAGGAGGAGCCCGACGAUAUGUCGAGCCGUUUGCCUUUCAUCGAGGAGUCUCAGAAGAAGGAGAUGGAUGCAAGGCAGCAGCAAAAGCUCGAGGCUCGCCAAUGGGGGAACGAGUUUGUGAUCUGGAGGGACGAUUUCGACCCGGGCUCCAACGAAACUCUGAGGGAAACGUUCGUGUCGAGGGCGAAGAACACGUACAUGGACGUCAAGAAGCGAUCGAACAACUUCAAGGACCACAUUGUAGACAACGGAAUGUUGCGACCUGAGUACAACGAAGUGCGGGCAAAGACCUUCGAGAAGGUUAUGCUGGCCAGGAAUCUCCAGUACGACGAUAUCAAGAAGAAGUCGGAGAGGAGGGUGGAGAAGACCAUGGCAGACGCGGGCCAUCGCACUUGCACUCCAUCCCGACGGAGGACCGGGAGAGCAGAAGGCUCUACCCUCGCUCCCCAGACUUCCAAGGAGAGGGGCGAGAGGGGGGGCAUGGUGUCGAUUCGUCCAAAGGAGGUGAAGAAGUCGCAGAACUGGAAGGCAACCCCCAACUUCAAGCAUUCAGCCCUGCUGGUCAAGCAUGAGAGGCGUCGCUCCUUGGAAGGGAUCCUCAAGCCCAGCGGCAGCCUGACGAGGAUGGGCACGAAGCCGGUCUCCCCGGUUUCAAGGAUACCCAGCGAGUUGUCGACGUCCCCCCAGAGCUAUGAGGCCAUGUACGAGGAGGAAGACUUCGUGCUGCAUGCUCCGACGCCCGAGGUGGUGGUGGAUGUGCUCGAGAGCUUCAAGGGGAAGCGGAAGGAGAUCGUCGAGAAGGGUAUGAAGGCCCAGCAAGACCUCAGCUCGUCCCGGGCUGAGGUGGACGCUGAAAUCCAACGGCUCAAGUCGAUAGAGUCUGUGAAGAAAGUGAGCAAGAGGGAGAAGGUGAAGCAGCUCACUCAGAGCAUGAGGCAACCAAGUCCCACCCCUAAGGAGAGCGCCGAGAGCUCCGACGAGCUCAGGACGCCAAGGGGGCCUCCUCUCCUCCGAGAGCCGGUCUAUGCGGAAAUGACGGAGGAGAAUGACGGCUCGCUGCUGACCAAAGGCAAGACUUUGCGCCGCCCAGAAAGGGAGAUCUCGAUCUACGUCGGGGAGGAGGAGGAUCAGCCCGAGCAGGGGUCGGAGGGGUCGGAGGAAGGGAGCAGGGUCAGGACCGAGGAGGAAGAGAGGAGCCUGGCGGUCCUUAGGAAGUUCUACCCCAACAAUCACAUCCCAGCAGCUAAGAGCAGCAAGCCGCUGUUUCCUUUUUCUGCUGAUGGGGAGGGAGGAGGAGGGGGGAAGCUAGAGCCGGCCCUCAGCCCGCGCAUGCUGACGAAGAGCACUUUGGAUUCGUUGCCUCUUCGCGUGCCGGAUGGGUACAUGACAACGAUGAUGGCGGAGCAAGAGGUCGAAGAUGAAAUCGAGCAGAUGCAGGAAACGUUCUAUGAGAAAGACGCGAGGUAA